UGCCUCUCAGCGGUUCUGUCCCUUUGAUACCCUUGUAUAGGUGGCGCAGUUAAAACUACUUCCUUUUCCGGCAUUCGGCCAUCAACACAGGGUCGUUGACAUCUAGAAAAGAAAGAUGGCCAUCCGACCCCUAGUUAAGUACAAGAUUCCUCGAAAGAGGAACAAGAAGUUCAUCCGUCAUCAGUCGGAGCGGUACAUGAGAGUUAAGCAAGCAUGGCGUAAACCAAAGGGUAUUGACAACAGAGUGAGACGUCGCUUCAAGGGGCAGUAUCUGAUGCCAAACAUCGGUUAUGGAACAUCCUACAAAGUAAAGCAUGUCUGCCCUGAUGGCUUCAAGAAGUUCCUUGUACACAACGUCAAGGAAUUGGAGGUGUUAUUGAUGCAAAACAGAACUUUCUCAGCUGAGAUUGCUCACAACGUCUCGUCACGAAAAAGGAAAGAGAUCGUUGAGCGUGCCCAGCAGCUCGCGAUCAAGGUGACCAACCCCAACGCCAGGCUGAGGUCACAGGAAGACGAGUAAACUGUACAAAAAAAAAUCAUAAAAAAAUCACACCAUA